AUGGCGAGGCCUCUGCGAGCUCUCGUGGAAAGCAGGUGUAGUCGUGCCGAGAAUGGCGCGUGGAAGGACACCAGCUUUGGGGACGAAGAAUACAAGAGUGGCGGCAGCAGGCGUGGAACUUUGCGAUCUGCAGUGAAUAGAGCGCGUUGUGGAGAGGACCUCAAGCGCGGGUGGAGGGUGGAUUGGAGCUUGAUGCACCUCCGAUUCGCUGAUAUGACAUCGCCAGCCCUGCAUGUGCCGCCAGCCUACCUCCGCCCUAGCAUCGCCAGCUGGUACGAGACACAAGCGAACCUCGAGCGCAGGCAAAUACACAGCAUAUGGACAUCUACUCUGUCUCUACAGCUUCCCACCUCUAGAGCACCUGCCACCACCGCCGCCGCCGCCGCCGCACCCCCGCAGCUUUCCCGCAACCCUCACCUCAUGGCCUGCUGGUAG